AUGGCGAUGGAGACGGCUGGUCCUGCGGUCACUGCGGUGACGGGGGAUGUGGACGCCGAUUUUGAUGCCGUGCAGCAGGUGCGUUGGGAUGAAGUGGCCCUGGUCGUGGCCCUGGUCGUGGCCACCGCGCUUCACUUACUCAAGCUGCGUUGCGAUACACCAGCGCAUCUGUGGGCUGCUGGGGCUCGCAGAAACGACGACGCAGGCCUUGCUUGCAGGGGAUGGACAACAACUCAACGCCACAGCUCAGACCUUUGCCGACCAACUGCGGGUACUAUCCACGCUUUUGCUGCACUGCUAGCCAAUGCAUGCUCAAAGAGGCCAUUCGCAAAAAUCAUUGGUCCAUGCGCAUCACACCUCGCUGGUGUGUGGUAG